AACUGGAUACAAAAUGAUAUUUGGAAAAGGCUCUCAGCUAACUGUGCUUUCAAAAAAGGAAGUGAAACCGUCCAUUUACAAGGUUGGAGACUCAUGCCUGGCAACUGACUUCACAAAUCAUGAUGCAGUAAAUUUAACUGAGCCAUUCAGUUCUAAAAAGAUAACAGCAGUGCGAUAUGAGGGUCAAAAUUACUACAGCAGCUUCUCCAUUGAUGGGGAAUGCCAUGAACAAGGAAGCUGUUCAUCUUCAUCUUCAUCUGAUCAAAGUGUUGAAAUAGAAAAAGAUGAAAAGAUCAACUUUUUGUCAGUGGGCAUCUUUUGGCUGAGAAUUCUCUUUCUGAAGACUGUUGUGUUCAACGUCCUGGUGACUUUCAAAGCAUGGAUGAGCUAACAUCUCAGAAAGAACAACAGCCAUUUUUCAACAGUUGGCUGUGUCAGUGGCUUCAUCGAAGCCAAAAGAGAAAGUUGCAUCACACUUGACCAAACUUUGAGAACCAUCACAACUUUACUUGUGUUAAAUGAUGAUCAAGGGAUUAUGUAACAUCCCUCAGGAUUUAAUAUAUAUAUAUAUAUAUAUAUAUAUAUAUAUAUAUAUAUAUAUAUAUAUAUAUACAUUUGAAUGUCACAUUCUUAUAUAGGCUUUUAUAAAAUUGUAUGUUCUAGUUUAGGUUACAAUAGGAGAAAUACAUAUUAUUUGAUCUGCUUAGAAUUUAGUAUUUGUUCCUGUUCAUUUCCCUUUUUUUUAGUGCUUUUGCACAAUAUUAUCUAUAAAGCAAUAUCCAUUAUUUUGUAAUUCCUGUGCUUAAAUGACCUCUGAUGCAUUGUAACUGUAUAGCUUUAAUUGUUGCUCCAUAUUCUCACAAGCAAAUUGACUUGUGCUUUUUUAUUCCUGCAAUGGCAGGCAUUUUUUAAUUUUAUUUUUGUAUCCUUGUUGUGCAAAAAUUAUACAAAUAAAAUAUAUAAA